CCUUUGAUGCGCGUGCAUCAGAUUACAUACAUCGGAUGCGUGGUUGGUUGGUUGGUUAGUUGUCAAGUGAUAAAAGGGGAGAAAUGGCGGACGAGAACGAGGAUCAAUGGUUGUAUGGCGAUUCAACGGACGGAAAAGAAUACGCACCGUCGUCCGUUCAGCCAGAAAAUCAAGAAAAUGAUUCGAUUUCCGUUUCUAUACAAGAAAAAUCACAAACUUUGGAAGAUCAAAAAAUGGAAGAUACUCCCGAGCCACCAACAGAGGCAUCCGAGGAGACAGAGCCACCAGAAGAAGAAUCUUCUUCGGCUAAUAACGUUCAAAAUGAAAAUAAUACAGAGAUAAAUAAAAAUGGAGUAAGAGAAGCUUCCAGUCAAGAGGAUGGCGAAGCCGCCAGUGACUCGGAUUCCGAUGAUGACGUACACGUUGUCAUCGGAGAUAUUAAAUCAACUCCUGCCUAUGGUAGUCUAAAUAUUAAGAGAGGAGGACUGCUUACAAACGCGUCAGGUGUACCAGAUAAAUUAAACAAACAGCCAGGAAAGUUUAGUAUAGAUGAAUUUGAAACUAUAGGUGUAAUCAAUGGUAUGCCCGCGCAUGAGUUUAAUCUAGAUCAGUUAGAAGAUAAGCCAUGGAGACAACCUGGUGCAGACAUCACCGAUUAUUUUAAUUAUGGCUUCAAUGAGGAAACAUGGAGAGCUUACUGUGAAAGGCAGAAAAGAAUGAGAAGCGAAUCAGGAGUAGGUUUAAUACUGAAUGCUGGAGGAGGUGGAGGUAAUGCAGGCAGUAUGAGGGUCCCUCAGGUGGCAAUUACUAACGAUAAUAGCAAAUAUUCCGGUAUAAUGGGACCAAAGAGGGCAGGACCUCCUCCAGGAAGAAAAAUGGCAGGAACGAUAGAUGUAAUUGGUAGCUCAGGGUUAGCCUCUAGGAGGAAUCUCGACAAAUCUCCACCGAAAGGAAACGUGAUACAAGUAAUGACUGCGGAUAGAAGAGAAUAUUCUAGAAAACCAGGUUUUCCUGAUAUGAGUGUACCACCUCCAGGGGCAGGGAUGCCUCCUGCAUUUGACAUGCCACCUCCCGGAUAUCCUGGAGAACCUGCUCCAUUUUACAUGCCAGAAACAGACCCGUAUUAUCAAAGCUACGAACCCACCCAGGAUAAUCAAUGGGGCAAUGAUCCGACGUGGCAGCCGACGAAUUUAGCUAUCCCGAUGACAGAAGGAGAGGACGAAAAAGAUAAUGGUCCGAAAACGAUACCAACGAUGGUACCUCCUACGAAUAUCCCUCCGUUAAUACCACCCAGAGACUCGAGGGACCGUGAAAGAGAUAGAGAAAGAGAACGGGAUCGCGACAGAGAAUUAGAUUCAAUGGGAAGAGAGAGAGAAAGAGAUAAGGAUAGAGAUCGCGAUCGUGAAAGAGAAAAGGAUUCGAUGAUCAGGGAACGAGAAAGAGAACGGGACUCGAUGUCACGAGACGAAGAAAGAGAUCGUGACAGGUCCCGAUCCCAAUAUCGACACAAAGACCGACAUCGGCACCGAUCGAGAUCACGAUCUCGUAGGCACAAAUCCAGGUCUAGAAGUCCAAGUCGACGUAAGAAGAAAUCUAGACGCUCCGAGAGAGAACGUUCUAAAGAAGAAAGCGAAUAAAUAUUAAAGAAUUAUUUUUAAAAAUGUCUGUUGCCAUAUUGGCACAUUCAAAUUUAACAUGCUGAUUCUUUUAAUAACGUCGUUUUUUCAUUGUUACCAUCAAGGAUAGACGGUGGUAGAAUAAUCCAGUGCGAUUAACGAGGAGUAGCUGCAAUAAAUGACUCGAUCUUACACGAGAUUAUCGCUUGGCACUCUUCGAUAUUCUUUGUUCAAAUCAGCAAUUUCUAGCCAACAAAUGAAUUAUAUACAGUAUACAAUAAACUUUAUGUUUAACGAUACGAAAAUUUCCAUUGCUGUUUAAUAUUAAUACACUGUCGGUACAUGCCUACGAGUGUAGAACCAGGCACGGGAUGUGAAAUUCACCGAGACUUGCCAUUCAAUGUAUGGUUUUAUAUCAUAAUGUUAUUACAGAAAUGGUAUUUUAUAAUAAUUAAAAGUAAUAAUAGUUUGUUGGUAAAUCACUCAUGAGUGAGUCAGUUGAUCGAUGCUCGUACCGUUUUAGAAAAUCGAUUACUUGCAUCGAUCGAUGCGCACACGUGUUGUUGUCUUUAAAUUCAAUUAUACCACAAUUCUUUUUUUUUUUUUUUUGCAUCAAAUCUUCCCAUUUUCAUUAUCAUUUAAUAUCAUCAUACAUAAUGGAAAAAAAUGUUACAUUUGUACAGCCAUCAUAUACAUGUUACAUUUAGAAUACCGUUAAUUCAUUAUCCUUUUUACUCGAGUGUACGCGUACAUAUGUACGUACGUAUGUAUGUAUGUAUGUGUUACGUGUAUCUGAUGCAUUAGAUAUGCACUACUAAUGAGUAAAAUGCUAAUAGUCAAGACAAACUACCGGUACGGUUACCUACGUUUUUCAUUUAUUUUUUUCUUAUCUUCGAGUAAUUUAGAAUUUCACUUGCAAAUUUCCUAUUCGCGGUUUAUCGAUUAAAGUAUUAAAAAAGGCGGUAAAAUGCAUGUAACGUAGAUCGCCCUACGCGUAAAUUGUCUCGAGUCGCCAUGAAUGACAAUAAAUAAGAUUUAAGGUAGGUAUUGCGUACAAAAAAAAGAAAACAAAAAGACUCAAGCAAUAAAAAGCGCACUUAUAAUAAUCACAACUACUUAAAUAUCAUGUAGAUGUCUGAUAUAUAACUCGGUUUUAAAAAGAACAGAAAAACAUCUAUCACGGUUCGAUACUCCUUUCUUUUUAAUGAAAAAAGAAAAGCAUUGGCAAAGAUAAGGAGCGCUAUGCUUGACUACAAACAGGAGAACAAUAUAGGUAUAUAAAAAAAAAGAAACAGUAAAAAAAAAAACAAAAGCUUGAACACAACAAUGAAAUAAAAGUAAAAAUAACAAAAAAAUAGAAAUAAGAAUGCGUUGGAUCCAAAGAGCAAAGCUUGCAAACGAUGAACAGGAACGUGCAAAAUUCUUGUCAAUUUUUUAUUAUCAUUCUUCUGUUUUUUUUUUCUUUUUUAAUUCAUUUUAUUGUAAUAAGUUAUCACGACAUCUUCUUUUCACAUUAUAUUCAGAUUCGAAAAUCCUUUUUUUAUUUAACUUUCUAGAAAAUAUGAAAUACAAUCGACAAAGACGCUAAUAUAUAUAUAUAUAAUAUGUAUAUAUUUAUAUAUAAUAAUACCGUAACGACGUGUUACCGUUCCUGGAAAUAGUUUUACAAUACAUAUAAUAUCGGCGGAAACGCUUUAUUUUUCCUUGCACGGAUGCUGAUUCGACAGAACAUUGAAACAUAAACAUAAAAAAAAAAAAAAAAAAAAAAAAAAGAA